AUCAAGACCCUCCCCCAACUUUUAACGUCGAUGGUGUUCAAAUCUUAUUCACAAAUAUUCAAGGAUUAUAUUUUGUAUGCACUACAAGAUUUAAUGUGUCAACUUUUAUGACCUUUGAAUUACUCGACCGUAUCGCUAGCUUAAUUAGAGACUUUUGUGGAAUAUUAAGUGAAGAAUGUGUGCGACUGAAUUCUAGCUUAAUUUACGAAUUGUUAGACGAAGAUUACGGUUAUCCUCAAACAACAUCAACCGACCAAUUAAAAUUAUUUGUUUAUGAAGAACCUAUACCCCCAAUUAGUAAACCAACCGCUCAUUCACGCGAUGAAGGGAGAUAUAAACAAAAUGAAGUCUUUAUUGAUAUUAUUGAACGACUUGUUGCUUCUUUCGCUUCCGAUGUUGAUUUUGAAGGACACAGACAAUUGAUUAUAUUUCCACAAGAAGGAGAAAUAACUGCUAUGAUUUAUCGAAUAUCUAGUGAUAUUAGUUUGCCAUUUCGGAUAUUUCCACAAAUUUUAGAUGUUCCAGGGAGUCCAAAUAAAUUGGACGUUAUUAUUCGAAUUCGGGCAGAUUUCCCCGAAGAUAAGAUUGCAACAAAUUGCACAGUAAUUGUUCCUUUACCGCAUAUUACUCAAAGGUAUUAUAUUUUUAUUCCUGAGUUGUUGUAA